AUGCAGGAUUCCAAGCCUGUGUCGACACCGAUGCGUUUAGGGGAGAAGUUGGCUAAACCCGAAAAUUGCUCUAGUCAAGAGCAAAAGAAAUAUCUAUUUCGAGAACUUAUUGGAGCACUUUUCUAUUUGGUUGUUGGAACGAGGCCAGAUAUUGCCUACACGCGAAUCUCGGAUCUUGGAUUGAAGUUUGUGAAGACUGGAAAUUCACUGCAUGCGUAUGUUGAUGCUGAUUGGGCAAAUUGUGUCGAAGCUCAAAGAUCGUAUACGGCAUAUGUGUUCAUCCUUGCUGGUAUGUCGAUUUCUUGGGAAGUUAAGAAACAAGUAACAUUUCCUCAAUCGAGUCUUGAAGCAGAAUAUAUGGGAUUGACAGAAGCAAGUAAGGAAGCAAUCUAUUAA